AUGUUCACCAGCUUUCGUGCAAUGGUGUCCAACACCAUCAACAGUCCCACUUCCUUAGGAGGUAGUAGUAAUAGACUUUCAGGUUUAAUGUCCUCUCCAAACUCUGUUUCCUCUCCACAGGGAACGAUUCGUCAAUCAUUUGAGAAUAUUUUGCAAUUUGUUGGUAAUAAUCGGAAAUUGAUCGAGUUGAAGGAUGCUUGUGUAUUAGUAGUUGAACAUUUGAAAGUUUGUGAGAAUAACUUUGAAGUAGAACGAGAUUUAAUUCAAAAUCCGAACAUGUACUUUAAAGUAUUGAAUUUGAGUUGUAAAACAAAACAAGCAAAUAUUAUCAUGAUUGCCUUGGAUUUAUUACAACAAUUCAUGGAAAAGAAUUAUAUCAAUUUUUAUACAAAAUUUGAUGAAAACUUGUUGAUUACCGAUGUCAUGAUGAGAACUCUCUCUGAAUGUGUUGAUAUUUCUAAUCAGGAUGAAAGUUUGCAAUUGCAAUUUUUGAAAACUAUUCUUACUGCAAUUAGUUCAUGUCAUUUGAGUGGAAAGAGUUUGUUGAUUGGAGUUAAAGUUUGUUUGAGUGUUCACUUUGUUUCAAAGAAUGAAACUAAUACCUUCUCUGUUUUGAAACAAGUACUUCAUAUGGUGAUUAAUAGAAUGGAUGAAGGAGCUGAGAAUCCAAUUGCUCAUAUCAGUGAUUUGGUUGAUGCAAUGCUUUUGGAAUUUGCCAAUGAAACUGGUUCAGAUGUAAAGGAUGAAGAUCGUCACACUCAUAAGGAAUUGACUGAACUUACUCAAAAACAAAGAGAUGCCAUUCUUGUUUUUAAAUAUCUUUCUGCAUCAGUUUCUAAAGAUUUUACAAAUGGCCCAUUUGAUGAAAAGGCAAAAUUGACCUAUAUUGACUUAUUAACAGAUGUCUUUAAGAAUUGUGGAAGAAAGUUACUCUCUCAUCAAAGAGUUUUUGAACAAGUCAAAUCCAUUGUUUGCCAAACAUUAUUAAUUAACUUGGUGCAUUGUAAAUCUACUCAAAUAGUACUUUCAGCAUUGGGUCUCUAUCAAUUAUUAAUGGAAAAUUUCCUCGCAGAAAUGCAAUAUGAAAUUUACAUUCUCUUCUUCAAUUUGAUUAGAAUGAUCAAGAGUAAGACCCUCAGUCCAACAUUCAAGAAUCUUGUACUUUCAUUCUUGAAGAAUAUUACCUCAAAUGGCGAAUUGAUUAUGAGAUUAUAUGUAAAUUUUGAUUGUAAGGUUGAAAAGAGAAAUAUUUUGGAAAGAUUAAUGAAUGCCCUUGUUUGGAUGGUUCAAGAAUAUACCAUUCAAAACGAUGUCAAUCAAACUAUGGCUAUCAAAAAAUCUGCCUUGACCAUUUUCAAUUCCAUGCUUGGCUCUUUGGUUAAUGUUAAAGAAAAAGAAAACAUCAAACCAAACACAACACUUACAGAAAGAAAAAAGCUCAAAAGGGGUGUUGAAUUAUUCAAUGAAAAUCUCAAGAAGGGAUUGGAAUAUUUCCACCAGAUUGGGCGCCUACCAGACAAGUCAUUGGAUAUCACUCAAUAUGAAUUGGAACUUGCAACAUUGUUCAAUACUAUACCAGGAUUUUCUAAACACAAAGUUGGUGAAUAUUUUGCUUCUCCAAAGAAUUUUGGUGUUUUGAAAAAGUACAUUGAUAUGCAAUCAUUUUCUGGAAUUUUAUUUGAAAAGGCUCUCAGAAAAACUCUUGAUCUAUUCAUGCUUCCAAAGGAAAGUCAAGAAAUUAACAGAGUAAUUGAAUGUUUUGCUGAAAAGUAUCAGAAUGAUAACCCAGAUUUGCUGGAAACUGAAUUUAAAAAUCCAUCAGCUUGCUUUGUGUUUACCAUUUCUGUAGUCAUGCUCAAUACAGAAAUACACAAUGCUGCCAUGAAGGCCCUUUGUAAUUCUACUGUAGAGUCGUUCGUUGAGAGAAAUAGUCUCACUGAUGCUAGUUGCAUUAGCAGAGAAUAUCAGGAAAGAGUUUACAAAAACUUGCAAGAUAAUGAAAUCAAAUUAAGUGAAGAUACUUUGGCCAUAUUUGAUGAGGCAGAUGCUGAAAUUGAUGCUGUAGAGCAAGGAAUUAUAAAGUCCAUGAAAAAGUACACAUCAGAACCAUUCAUCAUUGAAGAAGAUUUUGGACAUAAUACAAUUAUUAGCUUAAUGUUGGAAUCCUUCAGUUCAACCAUCAUCAAUUUGGUCAAGUCUGUUUUCGAUAAUGAAAAGUUGAGUGGUGAGAUGCAUGAGCUUGUUUUAAAGAUUUUGCUCAACGCCACCAAAUGCUCCUUCAAUGUUGAUUCACCACUGAGAAAGGCAUUGAUUGGAUGUCUUACUGAAUGCACUGGACUCAAGAGUCAAUUACGGGCAAGACAUGUCGAAGCAUUGAAACUCUUGUUAGAAUUGGCAGAGACAGAAGGAAACAAUAUCAAAGAUGCCUGGAGUGAUAUCAUUGACAUUAUUGCAGAAAUUGAUAGAUUGCACAUUUUUGAUACUGUCGAUAAAACCCCAAUGCUCAAAGCCAUAGAUCCUGACAUUGUCGAUAGAAUUGUGUUUAAUUGUGAAAAAUUGAGUGAGGAAUCUCUUACCUUCUACAUUGAAGGAUUGUGUAAGAAGAAGAGUACCAAUCUCAUCUUUUACUUGAAGAAAGUUAUUGAGAGCUUGUAUUUGAACAUGCACCGUAUCAAUACCAUUUUGGAUACCUUGUGGGAGAGUCAUAUUUGUCCAUUCAUUUCACAAAUUGCCAGCUCCAAGAAUACCACCCUUGCUCUUUAUUGUAUUGACUCAUUGUGCAAGUUGUGCAUGAAACUUUUAGAACAAGAGUCCAUCAUUGAUUACCAACAACAAUUCUUGCAACCAUUCACUCGUAUCUAUCAAACUUGUUUGGAUAAGGAAGUUAGAAAAUUAGUCACUCAAUCCGUUCAUCAAAUUGUGCUUGUCAGAUCUUCAUUUAUCAAACCAGGUUGGAAGGAAUUGUUCGGCAUGCUCUCCAUGACAGCUGGCUUUGCAGCCACUGAAAAUGAAGCUUUCAAUGUCCUUCGUUGUAUUGUGCAAGAAGGUGAACAUUUUGAAAAUGUUCAAAAGAAUAAUGCAUUCAGUAACUUGAUCAAUUGCCUCAGUCAAUUUGCCAGUGAAGUAACCUGCAAGUUGUCUGUAGAAGCUAUUGAACUCAUUCAGAAAUCUAGCGAGAAGAUGGAGGAGGUUGAUUUCUUGGGACAGUGGUACCAAAUUCUUUCAAGCUAUGCAACUGUUGUCUCUAAUGAUAAUAGAGAGGAAGUACAAAUUAAAGCAUUUAAAGCUUUGCAUGCAGCUCUCCUCGAAACUGCCCUUCCUUCUAAAUUGUCAAAAGAGAAUUGGAAUGUAAUUUUCAAAGGAGUUUUAUUACCAAUAUUCGACCAAUUCAAGGAUGAUAAUACCAAUAAUGUUUGGGUACAAAGAGUUGGUGAUGACUCUAUCAAGUUAUUGAUAACAGCUUUUACUUCUUACUUUUCUGAUAAUAGUGCAGCUUUGAAAUCCAUUUUUGAAAUUUUACCAACCUGUUUCAGAAAGGAAAGCAAAGAAUUCAAGAGCUUGAAAUUAGUUACAGUUGGCUGUUCAAAUUUACUCUUAUUCAUUGACUUGUUUGGAGAAAAUUUUACUGAGGAAUGCUGGAUGAAUGUUUGUGAAAUAAUCAAGAAUCUUUUAACAGAAAAUGUAAACUCAUUAUGUGGAGAGAUUUCAGAUAGCAAUUUGUGUAGAAGUGAAGUAAUCAAGACUGUCAAAUCUAUCAAGGAUUAUCUACUCAAAAACAACAAGAUUGACUCUAUUGUUCAACAUUUGAUUGAUAGUCUCACCUCAUGUUAUACUGAUUAUCAUUCCUACAAUGUUGAAAAAUCUACAAACUGCAGUAUUGAUGUAGAAAUUCAAUCCUUGACACUUGUAUUCGAAUCCUACUUUACCAUUUAUCAUUCCAUCAAUGAGAAGGAGGAAGGAUUCAUUUCCACCAUUAAUACCAUCUUCCAACAAUACUCCUCUCUCAUUGUGAAAUCUCCAUCCGAUUACUAUUUCACAACUUUUAACGAUCUUGUCGAUAUUCUCUUGGAAAGAUAUACUGAACUAAAGGAUGAACAAUUCCUAAAACAUUGGAAGAUCCUCCACGUGUCCUUCUGUAGCAUGAUUAUGAGCAAGAAUGAAAAAACCAGAACAUUAACACAAGCACUCUUCCUCAAGUUUAGUAAAUUGGUUAUUUAAUCUU